CGACACCUUACGCUGAAAGGAUCAGCUCCUAAAAAAUUCCUACGUGUCACGUCUGCUAAUACGUACAUCUUCCUGUCGCCUACGUUUUCGUUCAGGAAAACGGCAAAGACAAUGACAAACUACAUUCUUCUAGCAGAUCCAGUUAUACAUAGUGUCAACAUCACAAUGUUGUUACUCCACGCCGCGACUUCCGUCGCUUUGUUUUCGGGCACGACAUUGCCAAACUGUGGCAUUGUAGGCGUUUCUGCAGCAGCACUUAAGGUUGGUGGUGUUUCAUAAUGCUAGAUAAUGCGAACUACAACUACUUAUCCUGCUUCCACUGACUGAUGAGUGGAAAUAUUCCCUCAAUAGGGGUGAGCUGCUGCUCAAGACAUCAGUUGAAAAUUACUUAGCGUAAUCAAGCGAAUUAUGAUGUAGGACUAGGUGUACGUGUAGGACUUCUGCACAACCUCUAUCUAAGAAAGGGGGCAGCAGCAACGGCAGGGCUCUACUUGGGACCCCAUACAAGUCCGAUCCGCGAAGUGAAACUGCAACUGGAGCUGUUGUUGGAAAUGCUGGUAACAGAGGAAAUCACUCACGAAGGAGCAGAGGAAGUACUAGUUCG